GCUAGUCGGCGAAUGUCGACGUGCAGAUUCCGUCAAUGUUUCUUUUGGUUUCCGGUGUCCCUGCGAUGGCGGCUCCGGACUCGCUUGCGCUUUUCACUAGCCUCGGCCUGAGCGAGCACAAGGCCCGCGAGACGCUCAAGAACGCGGCUCUGAGCACGCAGCUGCGCGAGGCGGCGGUCCAGGCGCAGCAGAUUCUGGGCUCUACCAUCGACAAGGCUACCGGGACCCUGCUUUAUGGCUUGGCCUCCCGACUUAAGGAUAUUCGGCGUCUUUCUUUCCUCGUGAGCUACAUAGCCAGUAAGAAGAUCCACACUGAGCUCCAACUGAGCGCUGCCCUCGAAUAUGUGCGGAGUCACCCGCUGGAUCCCAUUGACACUGUGGACUUCGAGCAGGAGUGUGGUGUGGGUGUCAUGGUGACCCCAGAACAGAUUGAGGAGGCUGUGGAAGCCACCAUAAAUAGGCAUCGUCCCCAGCUCUUGGUGGAGCGGUACCAUUUCAACAUGGGACUGCUGAUGGGAGAGGCCCGGGCUGCGCUUAAGUGGGCAGAUGGCAAAAUGAUCAAGCAUGAAGUGGACAUGCAGGUCCUCCAUCUUCUGGGUCCCAAGAUGGAGGCUGAUCUGGAGAAGAAACCCAAGGUACUGAAGACACGGCUGGAAGAAACAAAUCGGAGGACUGCAAAAGAUGUGGUAGAGAAUGGUGAGACUGCUGGCCAGACUCUGUCUCUGAUGGAGCAGCUCCGGGGGGAGGCUCUUAAGUUUCACAAGCCUGGUGAGAACUACAAGACCCCGGGCUAUGUGACCACUCCACACACCAUGGAUCUACUGAAACAGCACCUAGAGAUCACUGGGGGACAGGUACGUACCCGGUUCCCCCCAGAACCCAAUGGAAUCCUGCAUAUUGGACAUGCCAAAGCCAUCAAUUUCAACUUUGGUUAUGCCAAGGCCAACGAUGGUAUCUGUUUUCUGCGCUUUGAUGACACCAAUCCUGAGAAGGAGGAAGCAAAGUUCUUUAGUGCUAUCUAUGACAUGGUAGCCUGGCUGGGUUACUCACCUUACAAGGUAACAUAUGCCUCUGACUAUUUUGACCAGCUGUAUGCCUGGGCUGUGGAGCUCAUCCACAGGGGUCAGGCUUAUGUAUGUCACCAGAGAGGGGAGGAGCUCAAAGGCCACAACCCUCUACCUUCAUCCUGGAGGGACAGACCCAUUGAGGAGUCACUGCUGCUCUUUGAGGCAAUGCGCAAGGGCAAGUUUUCAGAGGGUGAGGCCACGCUGCGGAUGAAACUGGUAAUGGAGGAUGGCAAGAUGGAUCCUGUGGCCUAUCGUGUCAAGUAUACGCCACACCACCGCACAGGGGACAAAUGGUGCAUCUACCCCACUUACGACUAUACACACUGCCUCUGUGACUCCAUCGAGCACAUCACCCACUCACUCUGCACCAAGGAAUUCCAGGCCCGACGUUCUUCCUACUUUUGGCUGUGUAACGCACUAGACGUGUAUUGCCCUGUGCAGUGGGAAUAUGGCCGCCUCAAUCUGCACUAUGCCGUUGUCUCUAAGAGAAAGAUUCUCCAGCUCGUCGCAGCUGGUGCUGUGAGGGACUGGGACGACCCACGGCUCUUCACACUCACAGCCCUGAGACGGCGGGGCUUUCCACCUGAGGCCAUCAACAACUUCUGUGCCCGGGUUGGGGUGACAGUAGCACAGACCACCAUGGAGCCACAUCUUCUGGAAGCCUGUGUGCGUGAUGUGCUGAAUGAUACAGCCCCACGGGCCAUGGCUGUGCUGGAGUCACUACAGGUUGUCAUCACCAACUUUCCUGCUGUCAAGCCUUUGGACAUACAGGUGCCCAAUUUCCCAGCUGAUGAGUCCAAGGGCUUCCACCAGGUUCCUUUUGCACCCAUUGUCUUCAUUGAGAGGACUGACUUCAAGGAGGAGCCAGAGCCAGGCUAUAAGCGCUUGGCUUGGGGCCAGCCUGUGGGCCUGAGACAUACAGGCUUCGUCAUUGAGUUGCAGCAUGUUGUCAAGAGCACCAGUGGCUGUGUGGAGCGCCUAGAAGUGACCUGCAGACGGACUGAUGCCGGAGAGAAGCCGAAGGCCUUUAUUCACUGGGUGUCACAGCCCUUGUCAUGUGAGAUUCGCCUCUAUGAGCGACUAUUCCAGCACAAGAAUCCUGAAGAUCCUGCUGAGGUGCCUGGUGGAUUCUUAAGUGACCUGAACCCGGCAUCACUACAAGUGGUGGAGGCAGCAUUAGUGGACUGCUCUGUGGCCCUGGCAAAGCCAUUUGACAAGUUCCAGUUUGAGCGCCUUGGGUACUUCUCUGUGGAUCCAGAUAGCCGUCAAGGACAGCUUAUCUUCAACCGAACUGUCACACUGAAGGAAGACCCAGGAAAGGUGUGAACGGGAAGCACUGUGGAUCUACCUCAUCUGGAGACUGGGGGUGCUUUCACCCCCCCCCACUCCAUGUCAAUAAAGAAUA